UGUCAUAUCAGAAGAGCUCUUGUAGCUAGCAGUGGGAGGUGCCAGAUAAUCCCGUGUUGAUGCUGUUGCUUGCAUUUGCUCUAGAAGCCGCAUUUGGCAGAUGAUAAGAGUAGUUAUAGCUGACACUACAGGAGCUGAGUGAGCCUUUUAGAAAGAACAUCUGGAAAAGAGGAAUUCACCUACACCUUGCUGGAUCUAGGCAAGAUGCGUGAAAUUGUGCAUCUCCAGAUUGGUCAGUGCGGGAAUCAGAUCGGUUCAAAGCUCAUAAGUACGUUCCUCGUGCAAUCCUGGUGGACUUGGAGCCUGGAACAAUGGACAGUGUGCGUUCGAGCAAAAUAGGUCCCCUCUUCCGGCCUGAUAACUACGUUCACGGAAAUUCAGGUGCUGGUAAUAAUUGGGCAAAGGGUCAUUAUACCGAAGGGGCCGAAUUGAUUGAAAAUGUGAUGGACAUCGUGAGGAAUGAAUCUGAAGGCUGUGACUGCCUCCAGGGCUUCCAGCUUGUCCAUUCUCUCGGAGGUGGGACAGGCUCUGGAAUGGGCACACUUCUGAUUAACAAGAUCAGAGAAGAAUAUCCCGAUAGGAUGAUGAAGACUUUCAGCGUAGUGCCUUCACCCAAAGUUUCGGACACUGUUGUUGAACCGUACAAUGCCAUCUUAUCGAUCCACCAGCUGAUAGAGAACACAGAUGCAACCUUCUGCAUUGACAAUGAAGCUCUGUAUGACAUCUGCUUCAGAACACUGAAGCUCCCCUCACCCACCUAUGGAGAUCUAAAUCACUUGGUGUCCCUCACCAUGAGUGGAGUCACGACCUCACUUCGCUUCCCUGGCCAACUCAAUGCAGAUUUGAGAAAGUUGGCAGUCAACAUGGUGCCUUUCCCCAGACUUCACUUCUUUAUGCCAGGUUUUGCUCCACUAACAGCUCGGGGCAGUCAACAAUACCGAGCUUUGUCAGUUCCAGAACUUACACAACAGAUGUUCGAUGCUCGGAAUAUGAUGGUAGCUUGUGACCCACAUUACGGGCGGUAUUUGACGGUGGCCUGCAUCUUCAGAGGCCACAUGUCUAUGAAGGAAGUGGAUGAACAGCUGUUGGCUGUGCAGACUAAAAACAGCAGUCAAUUUGUGGAAUGGAUCCCCAACAACGUUAAAGUGGCUGUUUGCGACAUUCCUCCUCGUGGGCUAAAAAUGUCUGCCACCUUCAUAGGCAAUAACACGGCCAUUCAGCAGCUCUUCAAUCGCCUCUCUGAUCAAUUCUCAGCCAUGUUCAAAAGAAAAGCAUUUCUCCACUGGUACACGGGUGAAGGGAUGGAUGAAAUGGAAUUUUCUGAGGCAGAAGGCAACACCAAUGACUUGGUUUCUGAAUACCAGCAGUAUCAGGAUGCGAAAGCUGAUACAGAAGAAUAUGAGGAAGUGGAGGAGGAAGUCAGGGAAGAAGAAAAAGAAACAGCUUAAAUGGAAUGGCAAUGACUGACCUUUGGUCUUUAAAAAUAACAACACUUUAUUAAUAUAAUAUGCCGAUUGUUACCACUUAAGGUUGCCAGACUCUCUCUAAAAAGGAAUGGAAAUCAAAUGCAGGAACAACAAUGGCUAUAUAUUAAGCCAAGUUCUAACUAACUUUUUUUAAUUUAAAUGCAUUGCAGCACUAACCCAAUGGCUUAGUGUUUAAGAGCUUCGCCUUAGGCAAUAAUUAGGUACCACUUUGGGAGGAAGGUAAGUGUGACAUCAUGCUGGCCACCUGACCAUGGAAAUGUCUUUGGCUCAAUGGCCUUGAAACGGAGAUGAACAUCGCCCCCCAAUAGUUGGCAAUGAAUAGCAGAGUAAAAUCCGCAGUGACUCCUUUAUUUUUUAAUCUUUUUUAAUGUAACAUUACAGGUAGUUCUCAACUUACAACUAUUAAUUUAGUGACUAAAGUUAUGGCAGCAUUAAAAAAAUGACUUAUGACUGGUUCUCACACUUAUGAUUAGUUAUCGUUCCCUGCACUCAUGUGAUCAAUGGUGGAUUCACUUAUCAACCAUGGUGAUUUGCUUAAUGGCAGCAAAAAGGUUGUAAAAUUUUGAGUACAACUCACCAACUAUCUCAUUUAUGGAAGUUCAAAUGGCAACUGUGGUUGUAAAUGCAGACUAUCUGCAUGUAUUAUGUGAAUACUUUUUGUGUUUUGAAUGUACUGUAAGUUAUAGUUCAUUGUAACUAACUCCAAAAUAUCAACAUGGCAUUAAGAUGACUACCUAACACUACCAAUGUCAUUGCUAAGAGCUUCAGUGGGGAGAGCAGGGCCAGUGUUGAUACUUUAAAUUACCUAUUUUAUACUAAUUCAUUAAAUCAAAUUUGCUUUAAGAAUUCAGUCAUAGUUAAAAGAUUAAAUACAGCCAUUUAGAAGAAUAAAUACAUUCUGGAAAAGAGAAGUACUACUGAAUGUAUCAGAACAUAUUCUAUGUAAAGUAUGCAUGUGUAUAUAUGGAAUGCUUCAUAUUACUAUAUAUGUAUAUACAUACACAUAUACACAUGUUGGUGUGUACUAUGUAUUUAUCGGUAAAAAAUGAGUUUUUAGUGGUUUGAGCAAAAGCCCUGAAAUGAUAAUAUGUAUAUAUUUUCCUUAUAAAAAUAUAUUUACAAGAUUAUUAGCUAUAUUUGUAUAUAGGAGAACCAAUAAAAAGGCUAGAAAAUUUGAACUCUAGUUCCACUUUAGGCAUAAAAGCUGGCUGGGUGACUUUGAGCUAGUCGCUUUAUCUUAUCCCAACCCACUUCACAGGAUUGUUGUUGCUAUGGGGAAAAUAGGAAGAAGGAGUGUAUGUUCACCGCAUUGAGUUACAUAAAAGUAACAAAAUAGGAUAAAAGAAAUCAAAACAAAAUUUCAUUUUUAGGACAGGAAAUAUAUUAUAUAAUAAAUCUAUGGGCCUUUUAAGUUGUUAUAGGACUCUACUAGUUUUUUUACCAAAGAUUUUUCAAGGGAACUUUCUUGCAAUUCCUUGUAGAAAUAAGUUUGAAUUUAUCAACUUGAUGUUAAGAUGUUUUAAAUGACAUGCUGGCAGCAAACGUUGGAAAUUAACACAUCUCUAAAUGUACCAAUUAUGGUAAGCUAGAGACUCAAGAAAUUAUAGAAACGAAAACCUGGAGACUAGAUCAUAGAGGUCAUCUGGUUUCGAUAUUUUUCCCGUGUAGCAUCCAAUAAUUACUUCAAACCAGGGUUGUCAAACUCCCGGCCCGGGAACCAGAUGCAUCACACACUGGCCACACCCGGGGAAAAAAGCCCUGACACGUUACAUGAUGCCUCCAUGAUGUGAGUUUGACCCCCCAGCUUUCAACAAUAGCAUUAUAUAAAACAUUGCACUAAACCAGCUCCCCCCUACCAGACAACUCAGAUGCUGCCAGCUACAGUAAUAAUAUACAUUUCUUUUUAUCUUGCACGUUUGCUGAUUGUGUGUUGUGCAGAUUUCUGUUGAAUGUUUAUACAAAAUAUGAGUAUCUCCAUAAACAUACAAAAUAUUUAUUUUCCUAUAGUAUAAAACUGAUUUUGCUAGCAAAAAAAUGGAGAAAUACUUCUCUUAGCUGCCAUUUAUUUUACUCGCAUCAUUUUGGUUUUAUUUAAGCCACUGUUGCAAUGCAAGUAUUAUACACAAUCCAAUAAAAUGAUAUUAAACAGAA